GGGUGGUAAUGUUCAAAGGGAGAAUGAUGGAACAAGUCCCAGUGAAAAUGACCAGCAGGAUGGUGUACUAUGCUCUAUGAACAGGGAAUCUGUACUCCGAGAACCGUCAUCAGAAAUGGUAUGCUAAUGUCGAUUCUCUUCUAUAUGCUUCCUCUGAAGUACAUGCAAGUUGCAUUGCAAACAAUGAAAUGCAAAAUGCUUCUCUGGCAGCUGAAAAUUCAACAUUUGAUGGUGCCAUUGAUGUUACUUGCAACGUGUCCAAUCCUGAUGCCACUGUUGUGGAAGUUUCAGAGCAAAUGCAGCAGCUGAGAUCAUCUGAAUCAAUUUCUAAACUCUCUCCUCCUGAUAUACCUUCUGCUAGUGCAGUUGAACAUCCAUCAAACAAUGAAGGCCAAACUUCCAACCAAAGUUCUCAGGCUCCAAGGCAACCAAUAGCAAACCAUAUUGAGCUCUCCAAUCAAGAUGUCUUGCAGCCUCUGGAUUCACCAAUUGAUGGGCUUGUGAGGUCAGCUCCAGUCCCUUCUUCUUCUAAUGGCCUUCCCUUGCGUACUGCACCUGCUGUUUCAUCUCGGAUGCCUAUGACUUUUUGUCAUGAUCCACUUCAAAAUGAAAUGGAAAGAAUAACGAAAGAAAAAGAGCAAACCACCAAGGUUUAUAAAGACACGAAGCUGCAACUGAAAUUGGAAUGUGACAAGGAGAUUGAGGAGUUUGUAGCUCCGAUUCGUAGAAAGUACGAUGUUAAACACAAGGAGAAAGAAGCAGAAUUUCUUCUCCAGAUAAAGGAGCUUGAUGUAAAUUACAGUAAGGUUCUCUUGAGUAAGAUCUUGGCUGAGGCUUUCAGGUCUAAAUGUAUGGACAAUAGGGCAUCUGGUUCAGCGGGAGCAAUGCAAGAGGCAAAUUCUAGUUUCUUGCAGCAGCUGUUUCAACUUUCAUCGCAACAGGUGGUACAACAGCCUUCCACUGCUUCUGGUCUCCCUCCAACUGUUUCCUCUGCUGUAGUCAAUGCACACAUCAUGGGUCCACCUCUGGAAGUUGAUAACCCUUCGACAUUAUUAUCAGGCACUCCGACUAGACCUCUCCAUAUCAGUACAAUCUAUUCUUCCACAGGAAACCUUCAAACAGGCACUGAAAUUCGUGCUCCUGCCCCACAUUUACAGCCAUUUAGGCCUUCAUCGUCCAUUUCCCCAAGUAGUAUCCCAUUGCAUUCUGGUGGAAUGUCAAGUCAGCAGGCACAUAAUAACCACCCUGCAGCUUCUAUGUCAUUGUGCCAGUCAAAUGUUAACGCCCUUGCAGACAGGCAGGCAUCAACUACAGGCCAAUCUGGUCGGACCCAACAUGAAAUUGCCAGAGGGUUGACAGCUCUGCCAAACCCUCGUUUACCUUCAUUGGAUGUUUUAAAGGGCGUAAACAAUCCAUCAGGUCCCAAUGCAAAUACCCCAGGCUUUUUGCUGCCAAAUAGUAGUUCAAGGUCGGGUACAAGGUUACAUCGGGAAUCUGACAUGCCAAUAGUCAGUCUAGAUCAGCGCAAAGUGGAGGAGCGAGUGACAUUAUUUGUUUAUCAGAUGAUGACUAACCAUAACCACUAGGAUGUGAUAUCGUUUUAACUUGGAUCCAACUACAGUGCAGUGUUCAAUCCUAGUAGCUUUUUUGAGUCAAGAGGGCUACUAAAUUAACUACUAAUUGAGGUGGUGGGAAUUGGAUA